GUCGGACUUAUGUAAUUACUAUUAAAUUCACACAAAAACGUUAAAUUUCAUGUGCUCUGUGCAUAUUAAUUUACCAAAAUGAGAAUAGAGAAAAUGUAACAUUACAAAGAAAAGAAAAACAGCGAGAGAAUAGACAGUCAAAAAAAUUUCCUAGUAUCGUGUGCCACAGAAUAUGAACGGAAAAAUGCCUUGCGAUGGUAAAAAUCCAAAUUGCGAGAGGAGACGCGAAUUAUUAGCGCAACUAAAAUGCUUGAUCAGUUCUAUGGACAGAAGAAAACCAUGUGAAUGGGAUGAGCCACCAACCGCACCUAUUGUAAAAUGUCGCGUAGGACCAUCUUUGGAUCCUUGUGCAUCUUAUAGUCCUUGUGACUCUUGUGCACCUUGCUGUGUACCCGUCAAACGGUGUAAGAGUUACGAUCUCCGUGCGAGUAUAAUGCACAAAUGCGAGUGUAUCAAGAGAAACGGUCUACAAGAUAGGUGUAUGAUGUGGGAUUGCAUGGGUAGACCGGAGUGUAUGACGAAACUCUAUCCGGUUUGCGGGCCAGGUCGCGCUGCUUUACUGAAGCUAACCGAUUUGGGUGACACGGAAGUUGUUCUUAAAAAGUUCUAUUGCGCGGACAAAGCCAGAGAAGCUGCGUUGGCCGCGUACUGCAGGAUAAUUUGCAAUAAUUCAAAGCAAGCCCAGUCACUGGUAGCUUUUGCAAGAUACAACGAUGACAACAGAAAUAACGGAGAUUUAUGCUUCAAGUCUGUAUGCAACGACGAGCCAUCACCGUUGCGUCAAGUUUACGUGCCGUCCCCAGCGAAUGCUUGCUGUAUACCACAGAUUUGUUACACGUGUUGUCUACCUCCCUACUUAGGAGAACGUCCUCCUUGCAAUUCUCCACCAACGUGUGUACCUUUCUGUCCCCCGUCUACUUGUUUACCGUGUGUACCAUGUUGUCCGGCGACUUAAUAAAAAAAUAAAAAAUAAGACAUUUUGUAAAAAUAUUAAGAUUAUAGUAAGAGAUAAAUUUUCUGUAUGGGAUGAUUUGGCCAUUAAUUCUUAAUGUUUUAGCUUUAUUUUCAUAUAAACAUUGAAAAAAUGUGUAGUUUUGUUUCUCUUUCUUUCUUCCACUUGGAGUAUCAUUAUGUUGUACAAUCUUUUUUAGAUUUAGUUGAGUACAAUUCCGGGUAACGUGAUCUAACGUAUUUUGCGGGCGGACAGACAGCCCAUGGUUUAACCAGGCAUUCCGGUUGGCCUUGACAUUGUGUUAAGGGACAACUAUCUUGAAGGCCGUCUCUAUGCAGACAACAACAUCUGGAAUACAAUACACCUCCUCGCAUUUCCGGGAACAACACACGAGAUGUUUUCUGCACAUCGAAAUUUAACAUCUCGAUUUAACAUAGUAGACGUAAGAUACUUAAAAUUAGUUAUGUACACAAAAUGUAAUUAUAAAUAUUCAUAAAAUAUUCGUUAUUGACCUUGCGUCGAUCAAA